AUGGCGUCAGCACGUGGACUCACCGCUGUUGGGGUUCCUCCGUUCCCAUCGUGGAUCUUUUACAUUCGGAUCGCCAUCCUCGUUCUAUCACUUGUUCUUCUGGGCGUUGCGGCGUGGGCUGUUUCGCUAUUUACCGGAGGAGGAUCGGCGGCUUAUGGAUAUACAGGCUCUAGUGGGAUGAUGGUUUUCGUGACCAUAUGGAGUCUUGUAGUUUACGGCGGCUCCCUCGGAAUCCAGUUUGGCGCGCCUCACCUGUUCUACCGUAUCGUCGGUCUUAUUCUUUACAGUCUCGCGGUCAUUUUCUGGCUUGUGGGCUGGGCGUAUGCUGCAAGCCAGGCAGCUCUCGUGCUUGACUGGACUGAAGGGUAUGGUGGUGAGGUUCAUGACUAUGGCUCAGCCUUGGCUGUGUGCGCUGGUCUAGGUGCUGUUGCGUGGGUCCUGUCAAUCAUCGAUCUUGUCUUUUUCAUCCUCGCCUGUGUCCGCGAAGUCACGGCGCCGAAGCUCAGCCAAGCCGAGCUUGGACAAGUGCAGCAGCCAACCGCUCCUGUUGCGCCCGCCACUACCUCUGAGCUACCCCAGCAACCGGCAUAUUCACAACAGCCCUAUGCGACACAGUAG